UCUCAGGUGACCUGUUGAUUUUGCACCUAACCCGCUGCUCAAGACCUGGCACAGUGGUCCAAUUGCCGCGGGGAUAUGUUCUGAGUUUUUCAAUACCCCAGUGCGAGGACUCGUAGGAGAGGCAUGGGUAAAAAUGAAGCGGCUCUUGUUUUUCUGUAGAAAUUUUCAGCACAAGUACAUCAUUUCCCAGUUUUGUAGUUGAUAGCCUGUAGCCGGUUGCUAGCUCUUUUCCUAUUCUCUGCCAACUAAUAGUGUAAUAGUGGGGAAUUGUGCUAGGCGAACAGUGAACUGACCAUGUGUGUUCGCUGUGGUCCGUGGUUAUGGUGGUGUAGUACAUUCCUACUGCUGAUGACGUCGAUGCCGGCCGGCGGAAGCAUGGAGGGAGCGGCCGUGACUGCAUGUGGUCCGUACGACUCAACCAGAUGGUGGUCCUUGGCUCGCUGGAUCAACAUCACGACAAGAGAGUUGACAAAUGUCCGCCACUGCCAGGAUCUACCGAUGUCGGCCGGUCAAGCUUCGUUCUGCUCUGACGAUGCCAGGCUCGGCUUCGAGCGGACGCGCGUUAUGGCGCGGGCAAGUUUGGCAACGACACGAGAGUGCGCGCGACAGUUCGCCGAUCGCAGAUGGAACUGUCCCAGCUUCUUGUCAGCGGAACAUGCAAACAAGCCGCUGUUUGGAGAGGCCGUCACCAGACUACAUACGCGUGAAGCAGCUUUCCUGCAUGCUCUGAUGGCAGCCAGCAGUACCCACGAGACAGCGCAGGCAUGCAGCCAGGGCAAGCUGAGUAGCUGCGGGUGUUCAAUGCCAGACCAAGCCGAGCUCUCCGCUCUCUACCCCAACACAUCGUCGUCAUCGUCCGGUCCCAGUAUCCAUGACGUCAUCACCGCAUCAUCACAGAGGCCGAGCAGCGCAGUAACGAGCGCGAUGGUAACCGAACGCAGCCUGGCAAAGCAUAAACGAGUGCGACCCAGGUGUGGAGAUAAUAUCGAGUACGGUGUGAGAGCAUCAAGGGAGUUUCACAGGACAAUCGAAGUUGAGCAGUCGGAUUCAAGCUCACCACGCUGCACUGCACGCUUUUCCAGGACAUUGAUGGACAGGCAUAACGAGGAGGCAGGCAGACAGAUUGUGAAAAGGAACACCAAGCUGCGAUGUCGCUGCCUCGGCAUAUCUAACUCCUGCUCCACACAGGUGUGUUGGAAACAGCUACCAGUGUUUACCAAGGUUGGCAACUUGCUGAUGUCUCGAUACAGGAACGCAUCGCUGAUGAAACUGGACAGACACGGUACUCGGCUGGUAGUGCGCCAUGCACUCUCCCGACAGCCCUCGUCCACGGAUCUCGUCUACCUCGGCGAGUCACCCAGCUUCUGCUCCGACAACGCUGGACUCGACAUAGUCGGCACCAGUGGUCGCGAGUGCAGGGUUUCUCAGGAUCACACGCCCGACAGCUGCGACGUCCUGUGCUGUGAUCGUGGGUAUCGCACCGUGACCGACCACACCACCACCAGCUGCAACUGCCGCUUCGUGUUCUGCUGCCGCGUACGCUGCGACCAGUGCGAGACAGUUCGGAGAAGGCACUUUUGCAGGUAAUCAUGGCAAUGGUAUUUACCAGCAGCAACAACUAUUAUUAUUGUGAUCGUUAUUUUGUAGCAGAGAUCUGUGUCGAAAAUGCCAACUUUGUCCUCAAUUUUUUGCAGCGGAAUUACCAGUCAUGUGACAGAGGUGUGCAGAUCACACUGCACCUCAGCAGUAACUGCCUUUGCUCCCAAAAUAUUGAUUCCUUCAACCUAAGGCGUCCUUCCAUCCAAUAGGCUUUCAAAAUCAUUGUACCAAAGAUUUUUUGAGAGGUAGCUCUAACAAAUCCAACACAGUCAUACAUUGUUAUUAUUUUCCUUUCUUGAGCUUGAAAGUUGAGAUAUUUUGAUCGUGUUAUCGUGUUUUUCUGAUCAUAAUUUAUAUCUAUUUUCUGGAAACAAAAGU